CAGAGGGAGGAGAGAGUAGUGCUCAGACAAUCAGUGUGAGGGAGGGAGAGAUAGAGGUAGAAACAAGAGGAGAGAGGAGAAGCCGGCUGGGAAACAAUAGCUGAACAGAUCCAGUGUUGCUUAUAGGAUCUCAUGCUCUCUGGAUACCUCCGCUGUGUGUCUGCAGCCGGGCGCUGAAGAUUGUGUUGGAUUAAGACAGCGAGGGAUGGAGCGACCUGACGAAGCAGCUUCUCACAGCAGGUCGCUCACGUUCACCUUCCACUGCACAAACAGGAAGUAAAGACACAUCUCUUCUUCGUAGUAAACCUGUAUAAAAAAGAAAAUAACAAGCACGACGUGACGCUUCGGACAUCCCGUGAGCAACCAGAGCCUCGGGGUGGCCCCAACCAUGAAAACUUCAGCCGCCAUGGGCCCCCCGUCUGGCCUCCUGCUGGUCCUGAUGUGCUGCCCCCUGCUGGGUUUGGUGCAGUCUGCCAGCAGCAACAAGGCCAGCGACAAUGGACACCAACACCUGAUAGACACCGACCCGGAGCGUUGCAUGAGGCACCACUUUGUGGAGACCAUCACACACCCGAUUUAUAAAUGCAACUCCAAGAUGGUGUUACUGGCACGCUGCGAGGGCCACUGCAGCCACACCACCCGCUCCGACCCCCUCAUCUCCUUUAGCUCGGUGCUAAAGCAGCCCUUCAAGAGCACCUGCUCCUGCUGCCGGCCACACACCUCCAAGCUGAAGGCAGUGAGGCUGCGUUGCGCCGGCGGGACUCGCAUUACGGCCACUUACAGAUACAUCCUAGCCUGCAACUGUGAGGAGUGCAGCUGAGCAGGCGGCGGCACCCUCCCAGACCCUCAAGACUCUCAAGAUCCAGCAUUUUCCUUGGCCGUAGACCUCUCUCUAAAGCUGUCCAGAGCGCUUUGGUUGAUUAUUGGAUCGGAAAAUUGCCCCGGAGAGGGUUGUUGCUGUCGUUAUCUUGGGAGUGAUGGUUUGGAGCAAUCGUAUCUCCUUCACUUGGGCCUAAAAAUUGACCUGCAGCCCCUGGAACUUGAAAACACACAAUACCCUGUCUCCCUCAUAUUGCAGCGUAAACCAUGCAAUUCUUUUUUUUUUUUUUUUCCAGCUCACGAGGCCAGACACCACAAACUGCAGCUCCCAAGGGCCAGCUGGAGAAGCACCACACUCAUUACAGGCCUUCAAACCACACACGCUCAAAAAGAAUUUUAAAAAAUAAACCACAGUUUGAGAGCUCAUUACCAGUAUCUGUAACGGCCCUCUCCCUGCUUCCACUUAAGACAAGCGCCACCAUCCAUUUGACAACAAAACAACACACCACGUUAACUGAGAAAAGAUGAGGCUCCACUGCAGGAUGUGUGUGGCGGCGGAGGAGGAUCCAUGAAGGAGCACCUGCAAUGUGCAUACUCACCCAAUUAACAUUUUACACACUCCCUGCUGACUUUCAUCUAGCUGUGUAGGACGUGACUGAUGCUGACGGGAGAGCUCGUCAAAUGAACAAUAAAAAUGAAAGGCACUCUGAGGAGGAGGAAGAUGGAGGAAGGCGGUUUGGCUGGGGCGGAGGAGGCACUGAUGGGGACUGUCAACAGACUGUCAAGGGUAUCAGUGUUGGUUUGAAAUGUAAUCUAUUAUAUUUGUGAUGUUCCUGUCAACAUUAUUGAAACUGCAGUUACUAUCAUGCCGGACUGAUAAACUGCUGCUAAUGUCUUUCUUGUGUAUUGACUCAUCAAAACAACAAUGUGUACUCUUACUUCAUAGUUGAUGAACUGCAACCUCGUAUAUGUGUCUGUGUGUCUCUUGUGGUCCAUCUUUCUGAAUUCGAAUAAAUUCGAAUAAAACUCAGAAUUCUAAAUAUAUCCUCUAUAUUUAGAAUUUGAACAAAUAAAUGAAGAGUUUAAUGGAAGCAAAGAAAGACCAUGUUACCAUGAAAUAUGAAGUCCAAGUGUUUACAGGUCAUAACACAUCAAGACGAAGGUCAGUUGUUGCCCAGUUUCUGCCUAAGUUUGUGUGUAAACCAUGAAUGUAUAUAAGUAAGGACAACGCUCCCCCCCUUCCUUCUAUGGCCACAUUGACACUUCACUUGCCACUUCAGUAUGCAUCAGAAUUAUAUUAACCAUCUAAAAUGACAGAAACCAUCCUUGGAGAAAAAAUAUUUGACGUAUUUCCACUAACAUGGAGGAGGUGAAGCUUAUGACCUAUACUGCAACCAAUCACCAGGGGGAGCUCUACUGGCUUUGGCGACACUUUUUAGGAGCUGAAUGGUUGUCUCUACUCUUGUGGAUCAGAGAUAUGUCUUAAGGAUCUAGAGUCAAGAAGAGAAACAGAAGGCUGCCAUCGGGACUAUUUAUAGACUGCCGUGGCCACUGCACGGCUAGCUCGACAACACCUAUACUAAUUAUCUAGCUAGCUAGCUACAUAGCUACUACCACAAUUUCUACAACAAAAACUACAUUUUGAGGCUUUGAACAAAUGAAAACUCACAGAUAAGGAACAAAGGUCUGCAGGUGACAUUAUAACAAGUAAGGAUGAGCUAGCUAAAACAAGACAUACUUUAAUUUUACUGCAUAACAGCUAGUUUUGAUCUUCAACAUGUUCUUUAACAUGUAUUUUAGUCCAGCUCCAUUUGAAAUAGGCUUUCAACCAGCCACCAGAGGGGGGAUGCAGCUAUUUUGCUUCACUCCUGUGCACUAUCAUGUCCUCAAUCUUUAUAAACAGUGCAUGAUGUUGAUGUCAGAGAGUAAGAUGAAGAAUGCUAGUGCAUGGGCGAAGCUAGCUCUCUUUGCUGUCAAUACUGCUUCACCAUCUGGGUUCAAUCAACACUCCAAGUCCAACGCUUUAAGCCAGCUAUCAACGCGGUAAAUUCGGUGAUAAACAUUUGCGCAACAGCACCGAAGUUUUUUUCUUUUCUUAUCACUACAAUUCAUCGAAUUUCAUGGUCCCUAGUAGCCACAUCACUGCCGGUCGUCUCUUUUACGAAAGGCAGUAAAAAUCUUCAAAAACUUCCGAUUUCAAAUAUUUUAAAGCAAAAUCUUUCAGCCGAUCACAGCUGAACUUCAUCCAUGAACUUUAUCCAGCUCAGAAACAGCUGUACCGGAGUGAGCAUCGACGCUGAAAUCAAAGGGAAAUGAAAAACAGCGAUGCCGGAUCACAUGCACGCAUCAUUUCCUGUGUGUUCCUUGUGCAUGUGAACAACACUUGAAUCCAUCCCAGGAACUUUAACAACCUCACUUAUGAAGACGUAUGAUGUAAUUAUAUUUGGUGGCGAGUCGUAAAUAACACUAAACAUGAUGUAAAAUUGAGUUAUUGUGGCAUUUCUUUUCUUCCAUGGGGUUUUACAUCAUAAUUCCUGCCAGAAACGUGGAUAUAAAAAGUUGACGGACUUCUGGUUUGGAGGAGAAAUUCUAAACAUCAUGGCCGCCUUGUAGCUUCAUAUCAGCAUCAGAACUUUUCCCAGUGACUGUGUGGAUUAACUCAAAGUGUGACUCUUUAUUUUCUUCAUGCAGUCUCUCUGUAGAUUUGUCUUUGUUGUGUCCAGAGCUCGAACGUUUCUGUACUCUGUUCUGGUUUAUGAACGUUUCAACUACAAUUGACAGCGCGGCUGGCUGCUUCACACAUGAACCUAAUAAAGUCCUUUUUCCCCUUCGA